AUGGCUUUGAAAUCUCCACCGGUUCUAUUCGGCUUGCUAGCCCGUAUAUCUCGUCGUACCUUUUCUACGUCCAAUGCAUUAGCUUCGAAACCUGUAACUGUACGAGAUGCCUUGAACCAAGCUAUUGACGAAGAGAUGGAGAGAGACGAUAAAGUAUUUGUUUUAGGUGAAGAAGUGGCUCAAUACGAUGGUGCUUAUAAAGUGACGAGGGGUCUUUGGAAGAAAUAUGGUGACAGAAGAGUCAUUGAUACACCUAUCACAGAGAUUGGUUUCGCUGGUAUAGCCGUAGGAGCUGCGUUUGCUGGGCUUAAACCUAUCUGCGAAUUUAUGACUUUUAACUUCUCUAUGCAAGCUAUUGACCAUAUCAUAAAUUCAGCAGCAAAAACAUUUUACAUGUCGGCGGGUGGUGUCCCCGUCCCAAUUGUGUUCCGUGGCCCCAACGGAGCUGCAGCAGGUGUUGCAGCACAGCACUCCCAAUGUUUUGGCGCCUGGUACAGUCACUGUCCAGGGCUGAAGGUUAUAAUGCCUUAUUCCUCUGAAGAUGCCAAGGGUCUUUUGAAAGCGGCAAUCCGUGAUCCUGACCCAGUUGUAUUCUUGGAGGAUGAAAUCUUAUAUGGUUUGCAAUUCCCCAUGUCAGAUGAAGCUCUGUCUUCUGACUUUGUACUGCCCAUUGGUAAAGCGAAGAUAGAGCGCGAAGGAUCUCAUAUCACGCUCGUUUGUGCGGGUAAAGCGACUGACACGGCACUACAAGCAGCAAAUGAACUUGCUGGAAAGGGUAUUGAAUGUGAAGUGAUCAAUCUACGAACAAUUAGGCCGUUGGACUUCGACACAAUCGCGCGCUCCAUCGCGAAAACACACCACUUAAUCACCGUGGAGCAGGGAUGGCCACAGUCUGGUAUUGGUGCUGAAAUAUGCGCGCGAGUGAUGGAAUCAUCCGCUUUCUUCGAAUUGGACGCACCAGUAUGGAGAGUGACUGGCGCCGAUGUGCCGAUGCCCUAUGCGCGGUCCCUUGAAACACUCGCUUUGCCACGCCCACCUGAUGUUGUUGCAGCUGCCACCAGCGUCUUAGCUAACAAGAUCGCGAACGAAGCCGCAAUUUAG